UUCUAUCAUUCGACAUUUUAAAAUUCAAGGUCUUGGUAUGAGCCGUACAUGUAUAAAGAAUAGUCAAAACAAGGAGAGUGAUUUAGACAGAAGGGUAAGAGUUAAAGAAGAAAACAAGAGACAUAUUCUAUUAAAAAAUGAAAACUCCAUUAAAGAACGGGAAAAAUUGGGAUUUCCACCAAAGUAUUCAACAUUGACGACAUUAGAAGAUUCCACAAAUAUAUCCAAUCUUGCGUCAGCGUCUUCACUCAACCGACUUGAAGAGAGAAGGUGUAUUGACAGACGGAAGCCUCAAAAUAUGUCUCCGGGGGUAGUUUGUAAUGCUUAUGUAAAAAUGUUUUAUUAUAAGGACAUUAGUGCAUUCAGAGAAGGUUCAAACAUGGCACCUCCGGAGACCUUGAAUAAAGCAUUAUCAAUGCAUGAUAAAUUCAUUAGUGACCAAGUAAUUCGAGGAAGGUUUGCCGCAAGCCUAAAAAGUGAGAACUAUCAGUCCAAACAGCUAUUAAGGACUUCUAUAUUUCCACAACUUGAUAUGCUAAAUACCAGACGUUUAACUGGAGAUGACAAAAUUGCACAAAGUUACCUGUAUACAUCAAGUUAUCAAGCAGCAUAUGGAAAUCGAUCGAAUUUUUAUGGAAAUACGUGCCGACGCUUAUACCCGAUGAAGAGUUAUGAGGCUGUUGCAGACCCAAUUAGAGGUCUUUUGGAUAGUGAUUCAUAUUACCCUGCUACCAAGUCAUGGAUACCGGAACUAUUCAAUCCAGUUCAAUAUGAUCAAAAACAAGCAAGAUAUCUUCAUAUAAAAGAAGACCGACCAUAUGAAUUUUGUUCUUAUAAUUCACGAAUUAAUCAAAUUCCUGGUUACAGUGGAUCGUUUUGUACGGGCGAAAAACGUAUUGAUUUAGAUAACCCGUACCAUAAAUACAAAUCAUUGAAUUUAGUCCGUCAAGAUAUUCCUCAUGAAUAUGUAUUUGAUCUCAAUUUAAAUUUGCCAGGAUAUAGUGGUUAUCAAAAGAAGGAAAUGAGAAGCCAUGAUUUAGCAUCAUUAGUAUCAGUCUGUUGAAAAAAAUAUUUAUCAAGAAAUUUUGUUUAAAUAAGUACAAAUGUACAAAACUCGGAAUUUAUAGAAGAUAAAUGAUGUAAUAAUUUAAAAAACUUGUUAAUUUUAUUUAACUACUAUGCAACCUUCUAUAUAGAAACCUCUAACCUUUGUAUUUACUAUAAAAAGCACUUUUCAGAAUAAUAGGAAACUACCCAACAAUAUCACCUUAUUAAAUAUGGUUCAAAAAUAGUGCAAACAUUAGAAAGAUAUUCUUUGCUUACCAAUAAAAUGUUUUUGAGCUUUUUCUUAACAUGCAAGCUUUUAUUAUGUAAACCUAGAAAAUAGUUUGAUAUGAUUAGUUUUGAUUUAUAUUGAAAAAGUUUUCUUAGUUCUUAAAAUACAUCGAGUAAAGUUUAUUAACACGGGUGUAACAGCAACAUUUUUUGCAUUUUUCGUUAUAUUAUUAACUUUGUCUACCACAUAAUCGUGAAACUUUAAGCUAUGACUUUCAAUGAUAGUGACGUGUGGACAAGAUAGACUAGAAUUUUUCACGAGAAAUGUUUCACCCAUCACUGUUCCUAAGUGCCUAUCAUAUGAAGGUGGGAUAUAUGAGAUGGUGAUAGUUAUCAAGCGG